AUAUUGAGGAAGUAGCAGUGUGUCAAACAGAAUAACGGAGACUUUGACAUCUAGCCAUGCAGCCUCCACCCAGAAAGGUAAAGGAGAGCCAGCAGGUGAAACUUGUGUUCUCGGAGCAGCUGAGCAGAUUGCAAAUGAAACAACAUCAGGACACCGAGCUGCUGGAGGAGAUCAGGUCCUUCAGUAAGCAGCGAGCAGCCAUAGAGAAAGAGUACGGUCAGGCCCUUCAGAGGUUAGCAGUCCAGUACCAGAAAAGAGACUGGCAGAGAGGAAAUGUAGACGCUAUCCCUUCUGGGAGUGUGUUUGGUGUGUGGCGAUCAGUGGUCGAUGCUGCGGCUCAUUCUGCUGCGUCUCGACUUGCUGCUGCAGAGGAAUACAGACGACUGAUCGCACAAGCUUCCAGAAGUCUCCGCAAUGCAAAGGACGUUCGAACUAAGAGGGGCCUAGAAAGUCUUCAGAGGGUACAGGGUGAGGUUGUGGAUGCUCUACGGGAUCUGCACAGGAUCAAAAAGAGCUACUAUCAACUCACUCAAAUCACCAGCGUGGCCAGGGAGAAAGCUGCUGAUGCAAAGAACAGAGCCAAAAAGAGUGAACAUGGGAUCUUUCAUUUUAAAGCAGGACUCCAAAAGAUGACAGCGAAGCUCAGCACCAGGUUGAGAGAGUGCGAUGACCGUCUGACGGAGGUUCGUAACGACUAUCUGCUGUCAUUAGCAGCAGUCAACGCCCACCACCAAAACUACUAUAAGAACGAUCUACCACGUAUCAUGGAGCUCAUGGACGGGGAUGUUUAUGACGACCUGAGGAGCCAUUUGUCUCUGCUGUGUGGGACAGAGAUGGACUCCUGUCUGAACACACACAAACAGUACAGCCGGAUAUGGGAGACUGUCACUAAGGUGACCAGAGAGAGGAACGUGCUGCAGUUUCUGCAGGAAUCUGUCUCCUUCAGCCAAACACCAGAGUUCACCUUCCAGCCAGCUCCGUGUGACAAGGUUUCUGCUCUGCAGGAGGUUUGUGCUCCACAAGCGGAGGGCUUUCUGAUUAAAGAGGCCAAGAAAUGGGCUGCCAAGGCUGCAAAAGACUACAAGAUCAUAACACACGGAGAGCGGGCUCUGCAGACGUUAGAGAGUCGUCUGAAGCUCCUGUCGGGGGAGACGGGGCUCAGCGUGGAGCAGAAGAUAGCAGAGGUGCAGGACAGCGUCAGGAAAGCAAAGCUCAGCAGGGUGAAGGCUGAGGCCCGUCUCGCCCUGUUAUCGGAAAGUGUCCAAGGAAUCGAGCUGUGGCUUCACAACGCCAUGAACCAGGCGGACGAGGAGCUGGAGAGAGACAGGCGCCUGAGUGAGCAGAGGAAGUCUACAGAGGACUUUUCAGAGGAAGAGUUUGAGCUGACAGACUUUGAGGACUACGACGAUGAGAACGGAGACAUCUUUAUAAAUCCGGUGUCUGCAUCCGGAUUGUGUGUUUACCCUGCAGCCUGCAAAGUUAUCUACAGCUAUCAGGCUAGCCAAUCGGAUGAGCUGUCAAUCAAAGAAGGGGAGGAGCUUCAAGUGGUUGAGGAUGGAGAUGUGGAGGACUGGCUGAAGGUGUGUAACUCAUGCGGUCAGGUGGGGUAUGUCCCUGAACGUUACGUGAAGUUCCUGUGUCUGCCAGCAGAGGACGCCGCUCAGCUGGACAGUUCUUUUAGCUCCACUUCCUCCAGUGGGAACAGAGAGAGGAGCAGAGGUGUCGCCAGAGCUCUGUACUCCUACCAGGCUCAGAGUGCAGAGGAGCUUUCCUUCCAGGAGGGGGAGCUCAUCCACCUGAGACGCUGUCGACACAGAGAGGUGGAUGACGGGUUUUGGGAGGGAGAGCUGAACGGUCGGAUCGGUGUUUUCCCUUCACUGGUGGUCGAGUUUGUCCGUAAUGAAGGGGAGGAGGAGGCGGAGGAGGAAGAGGAAGAGGAUGAGCCUCUCCCCACACCAACCAUGCCUCCCUUCUCUCCCUCCAUCCCCAUCCCUUCUAACCCUGGCUGCAGUUCAACAGUGAGUGCUACGCCCCCUAGCUGUGUGGAGGACAAACAGCAGGGCUUUCCUCCGAGGCUUGCAGAGGGCACAGUGGGUGAAGAAUGAAGGCAGCAGCCGCAGCUCUCCAGAUCUCCUCAGCGGUCGGCUAAAACCAUGUCGAGCUCCUCCUCCUCCUCCGACGCAGAAGCCCUCACCUCAGCCUUGAGAAGAAGACUUGACUUACGGUCAAGAUUCACAGAAAUACAUCCCGUUUUUGGGCCAAAGGAACGCCUGUUUUGUGGCUCAUAUUGUAGCAUCUGUUACUGUUCAAAAUAACAGCAAAGAAAAUGUUUUAAGGAUCCUACAAUUUAGAAAACACUUUAAAUUCAGCCCUUAGAGAUCCUUGAUGUUUAACAAAAAUAUUCUGUUGAGAAUCCCAGAUCAGAUAAUAAAUGCAAAUACUAUAUUCUUUUUUUUUUUUUUUUUUAACUUAGAGUAGCCCUCUCUGAAGUAUCUUUUAUGAUCAAAUCAUGUUCUGGUUUCACUAGACUACGAGUUCACUUGUAUUCACAAGAAUGUCUUUUUGCUUUACAUCUGCAAACAAUUUAGGGACCACAGUUUCUGUAAUUAACCAACGAGUGGGGAUUAAAUAACGUGACACUCAGCUGCCUGAAGCCGUCAUUAUUAACUACACUGUACGAGCACAAAUCUUUACUUUACUAAUCUUCAUGAAGCAGAAAAGUGCUUUUGUGAUCUUUGGAGCUUGUUAAGAAGUUGAGGGACAUUUUGAAUUAAAGAUGAUAUUUAUUGUUGGCUGGUACAGCCCACACUGGCCUUGUGUAACGACCCGAGCUGUUGUUGCUGCUGUCUUGUCUGUGCUGCUCUGAUGAUUGACCACAGGAAGUGUUGAAAAUAAAGGCACAGAGAUUCACAGACAUUGUGCUGAGUAAUAUGACUUCUGUCAAAUGCAAAGCCCAAACUUCUAACCUUGAACUGCUCACAAUUACAAUGAAAUGUACACGCAUGGUGCAUUAUUUAACUGGCAAGACUUAAAUGUCUUUACAUGUAUUAAAAACAAACUAAAAAAGU